GGCGCCAUUAUACUGAGGUUGUUUUAUUUUCCUCAUUUCUUACAUUUGGAUUGACACAAUUUGCCCUACACCGUGUCUACAACGCCGCAACAGCUUGAGACUGACUACUGGAUGUGUUACAUCGCUUCUAAUGAUUGGAAAAUCCGUUUGUACUUCGUGUCAGAAACAGCUUGAGCGCUUGGAGUAUAUCUGCACCUCAGAAAUAUACCGGGGCAUCACUUUACUGUCCGCAUCCACUGUAGAUAGUAUAUAUAAUGGGUUCUAUAUUGUUGUCUGUUGUCACGCCGCGCGCCGCGCCACUCGCCUCAGAGGAAGACACGGAAGCAGCGGGGCAGCGCGGUGGGUUUUUCCUGGGGAUGAACCCGCAAGAGUGGAAGAGCUCCGGAGAACAUCUACGCUGUGUGGAUGCACCUUACGAGAGAAUAAGCAAGGCAACUGCAAUGAAGCAUCAAGAAAGACGGGCAGGCCAGCCACCCUGAGACUGAUAAUUCAUGAGAAGACAUUUCUGUCAAAGUGGAUGGUGAGCAAAGAUGGUGGCCACGUUUUGGAGCAGCACCUGGGUUUUGCAGAUGGCUAUGUAUUCUUUGGCUGUUUGUCUUUUUCCCCAUUAUGUUUCUGUUGCAGCCAAGUUAGUACGAUAUCAGAAAGUUUCUUCCAACAGCACUUGGGUGGUGAUGAUGAAGACAUGCUUUCAACCGCUGGAUGGCUCAAGAUUACUGCCGCCAACGGACUGGACAUCCCGUACUUGGGAUAUCUUGAGUUGGAAAUAGAGACUAUGGGCUGA